GUUUGUGAUCGGUGGAUCUCGAUUACUCUCUCCCCUGUAUUUUUCACAUGGGUGGCUUUUGAGGAAGGCGAGUGUGUUGUUGGGUCAACGUGUGUAUGAAUGUUGAUGGAUCAUCUCUUCGACUUGCAAUCUGAAGGUGAAUCACUCAGAUCAGGAUUUCUUGAGUUGUGAUAGAGUCUGGCAAAGCAUACGACGAUGAAGAAGAGAAAGAGGAUAAAAAUUUCAUUCAAUAUUAUGGCUCGUGUUUAUCUAUGCCUAUCAAAUCAACGGUAUACCAAAGGUUUAUUCAGACUGAUCAAUGGGUUCUUGCUGCAACCCAUCCAGAAAUAUUAACCACCUCUAUUACUAGGAUGCAUGGAGUUUUCACAAGGAAACAAAGUCCUAUUCAUUCACCUGUGAUUUCAAGCCAGAGCAUGCAUCUAGGGGUGGUUGGAACUGCUAGUCAUGCAGUCAUGAUUGGCACUAUGUUUCUGGUCUACUACAAACCUACAAGUCUAUGGGUUUUUUCUUUUGUUAAUUCAAGAAAGAAUGGUUGCAGGCGAAAAUGGAGAGCUCGAGUAGGAAAACUUGCCACUGGAUGUCAUGCAAUUGUCACAGGAACAAUAUCAAUUUUGUGUUUCAGAAGCUCAGUUUGAAGGCUGUGUUAACGUAACAAGGCCCACGAGAGAUCGAACUUAAAUAAUUUAUAUCCUUAGUUGGUCAUAUGUGAUUGAUAUAGAUUCUUCUACAGUUAUGAUCUAUUUCAUAUUAUACGGUCAUUUUUGUGAAGUAUAUGUUUUGGUCUCCAUCUCAUCAACACCCAAUGUUAUUUAAACAUGAUGAAUGGAUAAAGGAGUAUAAAUUGGUAUAUUUUGAUGUUCAUGAAAUGUAUGCUAAGAUCGUGAAGC